GCGUUCGUCCCCGGGCCUGGCGCCCGCGUCCGGCCCGGCUCCGCGGCGGCCUGGUCCGAUGGCGCCUCAGCGGAGGGCCGCAAGCAAGGCGCCCGAGGGCAACGGAGCGGCCGAGCGCCGGAACCGGAGCAGCACCAAGAAGGACCGAGCCCCGCGGGAGGUGCAGAGGCUGUGGCAGAGGCCGUGGCUAAGGACCGCGGGCCUGGGGGCCGGCCUUGUGCUCACCGCACUCCUGCUCUGGAGCAGCUUGGGGGCCGACGACGGGGUCGCAGAGGUCCUGGCCCGCCGUGGCGAGGUCGUGGCAGGGAGAUUCAUCGAGGUGCCCUGCUCUGAGGACUACGACAGUCACCGCAGGUUCGAAGGCUGCACUCCCCGAAAGUGCGGCAGAGGUGUCACCGAUGUUGUCAUCACCAGGGAGGAAGCGGAGCGGAUUCGCAGCAUAGCUGAAAAGGGGCUCUCCCUGGGAGGAUCUGACGGAGGGGCAUCCAUUCUGGACUUGCACUCAGGGGCCCUGUCUGUCGGGAAGCACUUUGUGAACCUGUACAGAUACUUCGGGGAUAAAAUGCAGAACAUCUUCUCAGAGGAGGACUUCCGGUUAUACCGGGAGGUGCGGCAGAAGGUCCAGCUCACCAUUGCUGAGGCUUUCGGCAUCAGCGCGUCCUCGCUGCAUCUGACCAAGCCCACCUUCUUCUCCCGCAUAAACAGCACGGAAGCGCGGACGGCGCACGACGAGUACUGGCAUGCGCACGUGGACAAGGUGACCUACGGCUCCUUCGACUACACCUCGCUGCUGUACCUCUCCAACUACCUGGAGGACUUCGGCGGAGGGCGGUUCGUGUUCAUGGAGGAGGGUGCCAACAAGACGGUGGAGCCGAGAGCUGGUCACGUCUCCUUCUUCACCUCGGGGUCCGAGAACCUACACCGCGUGGAAAAGGUCCACUGGGGCACCCGUUACGCCAUCACCAUCGCCUUCAGCUGCAACCCCGACCAUGGCAUCGAGGACCCAGCGUUCCCGUAGCCGGCAGCUGGGCCAAGGUAACUUCAGGAGGGCCCGUGUGGAGGCAGCCGCACCAGUCGUGCGCCCGCCCCCACGUCCACCCGCUCCCGUUGCACAGAGUGCCUUAGGAAUUCUCUGAUUUUGAUUUGCUGACAUGUUAAUCUUUUCAUCCGUGAGUAAAUGAAGGGAACCAGCUUUUCACUUCUCCAGCAUCAUGUGUGCUUGGGCUGUAGGCCUGGGAGCCUGAGGUGGAGGCCAGCUCCUCCCUCAGGAAAGGGACCCAGCAGGACGGGGCACAAGUCCCCAUCUGUGAACGGACGGGACUCAUCCACCCAGGCCUCGUCGAGGUUCAGCAACCCCCCGGCCCAUCAAAGACUGGCUAAAGCAUCAGCCAUAAAUGGGGACAAACGUGGGGCCAGCAGCUUCUGUUCGGGGUCUCGGCAUCAGCAAACCGCAGCAGCUUUGGAGAAGGGUCCGUGAGUGGCGGCUCUGGAGGCAGCAACGGGGUCCUUUGGGGUGGGUGGGAGUUCUGCUGGAUUCAGGUGGAGGUGAACAUCUGCCGUUCCCACAGCCCUGCGUGCACCCCCAAUGCUGCUGGCCCACAAAUCACCGUGGGCCACGGCCCCACCACACCAGGCUUGGCCCUGUCAGCAGCCAGCAUCCCGAGGGCCAGGGUCCGAGUGUCCUCACCAAGGAGGCUCUUGGCGUCGCUGUGCCGGCUCCCAUGGGCCUUCUGCUGGGUUGAGGGUAGGUCGUCUCCUCCCCCUUUGCCCUGGCAUUAAACUGAUGGUCAGGCAUUAAACUGAUGGUCAGGCUGGGCGCGGUGGCUCACACCUGUAAUCUCAGCACUGCGGGAGGCCGAGGCAGGAGAAUCACUUGAGGUCAGGAGUUCAAGACCAGCCUGGCCAACAUGGCAAAACCCCGUCUCUACUAAAAAUACAAAAACAAAUUAGCCAGGCGUGGUGGCGCAAGCCUAUAAUCCCAGCUACUGGGGAGGCUGAGGCAGGAGAAUCGCUUGAACCCAGGGGGAAGAGGUUGCAGUGAGCCGAGAUCGUGCCACUACACUCCAGCCUGGGUGACAGAGUGAGACUCCAUCUUAAAAAUAUAAAAAUAAAGUGGUGGUCAGAGAAGCCCCAAAUAGACGAGCUGUGGAGAGGCCUGGGUGGGGUGGCUGGCAGGGAGGGCAGGCCAAGCCCAGUUUCUGCCCACAGUCACCUCGAGGUGACUGUCCAAGGCUUUGGGCACCUUCCCGGGAGGGGGACGGCUGCCCACCGAGUGGUGUUGAAGCCGGGCUCGCCUGGAUGCCCUGACCCAGCUGCCUGGGGAGAGCCCUGGGCCCCUCCUCCCUCAGCCCCUCCUGCCUCGGUCCCUCCUCUCUCAGCCUGUCUGGCAUAGAUCCAUGUUCCCCAGCCCCUGGCACAGGUGCCUCUGGCUGGAGGAGGCCCCACCUGUGGCCCAGGAGCUGCUCUGGGGGUUGAUAAAGAAAGGGCAGCGUUAUUGGGCCCUGGGAAUGAGCGGGCGUGAGGCCAGCUGAGGCAUGGUGACCCCUGGGAAUGAGCAGGCGUGAGGCCAGCUGAGGCACGGUGACCCCUGGGAAGGAGCGGGCGUGAGGCCAGCUGAGGCACAGUGACCCCUGGGAAGGAGCGGGCGUGAGGCCAGCUGAGGCACGGUGACCCCUGGGAAGGAGCGGGCGUGAGGCCAGCUGAGGCACAGUGACCCCUGGGAAGGAGCGGGCGUGAGGCCAGCUGAGGCACGGUGACCCCUGGGAAGGAGCGGGCGUGAGGCCAGCUGAGGCAUGGUGACCCCUGGGAAGGAGCGGGCGUGAGGCCAGCUGAGGCAUGGUGACCCCUGGGAAGGAGCGGGCGUGAGGCCACCUGAGGCAUGGUGACCCCUGGGUACGGGGGACUUGGGGGCCGCACCUCGGUUUGCCCAGGGCCCCUCCUGCACCACGGGCCACAUGCGGAGGACGGCGUGGGAUAGGCUCCCUGGGUCCACAGCUUCUGCCCGUGUAUGGGGAACCCUCCUUGGUCAGGGCUGCGGGCUCUGGGCAGAUGGGGCAGGAACCCUGAGGCUCCCGCGCCCUCCCAUGGCCUCUGACAUGGGACACUGGAGCGAGGCAUGAUUCUGAAGGACUCCAUGGAUCUGGGAGGAUGAGGCCCAUCUCCGGUUGGUGGCCAAAGCCGUCCUUGCGGGGCCGGCUGCUUCACGGACGCUCUCCGGGUCGGGCCGGUGGGCCCCAUCGUGGGUGGGAAGUCGCCUGAGCCUGGGCCUCCCUUGAGCUUCUCCCAGUCUUGACUUUCCGGAGGGUCCGUGGCUGUGGUCAUGGUCGGGGCAGGUGGAAAAUGCUGCAUGGAAACCUGAUCCUGUCACCUUGGAGUAAAUGAUGAUGUCGCCGGCUUCUCGCCACGUCUAAAGGAUAAAUGCAUUUGAAGAAAGUGGGUGUUGGGUUUGUUAUGGGUUAAAGUGCUUUUGAAAUAAGUAAAUUAUUAGUUUGAUUUUCA